GAAUCCCGACUCCUUUUCAUUUUUCCUUUUCGAGAAGUCUGAAUCCCUACUUUUGGCUUGGUUCGCGAACACCUCUGAUGCGUUAUUGGGUCGAUGCAUCCACCCACAGGUUCGGCCCCAUCAAAAGCCUUUGAUUGGUGGAAUGAUCAUCUGAUCUCUCUUGCCUAGCAGCUUCACUAUCUGUCGUCCCACCCUUCAAAAAAGACUGCUAUCUUCGCAUUGCGUCAGUCAACUCUCUCGGCGGUCUCCUACCGCAGUAGUCGUUUUUUGUGAUCUACUUCAGCCGCCACUCAGCAUGAAUUAUUAUUUCCUACCUUCAGCUCCAUGAGGUAAGCCUUCCAUUCUCUACUUAUUCUUCCUCAUCAAUGGAGUUCCAUGGAUUUCUUCUCCUCAUAGGCACUCUGUUCUUCACCUUGCUGUAUCCCCAACCGAUGCUAUCGAUGCCGCAUAACAACUCCACCGAUCUCUCGGCGCUGCUGGGCUUCAAGGCGGCCAUUGAUGACCCGACUGGGAUUCUGGCAACCAGUUGGACUCCCAGUAUCUCCUUCUGCGCUUGGAUUGGCAUCUCUUGCAGCCACCGGAGGCAGAGAGUCACCGCCCUCGUACUUAACAAUAUGUCUCUUCAAGGCACCAUCUCGCCUCACCUUGCGAAUCUCUCCUUCCUGUCUCGCCUGGAUCUCCAUAACAACUCUCUCUCUGGCCCCAUUCCUGAUGGCCUCGGGCGUCUUCACCGUCUUAGAUGGCUCUCGCUGCAGCGAAACCAACUCUCCGGGCCCAUACCACCUGCCAUCUUCAACCUGUCUUCGCUCAAUACCAUCAACCUCUUCCACAACAAUUUGUCGGGGUCUCUCCCGAAAAAUCAUAGCUUUUUUCUUCCUCAACUCCGACUCUUCGUCGUCGAAUCCAAUCAGCUCAGCGGCACGAUCCCAUCAAGCCUCGGUCGCUGCCUUGACCUUCAGUUUCUGUCCUUGUCAACCAACCAUUUCACCGGAACCAUACCAGUUGAGCUCACAAACUUGCAGAAGCUUAUCGUCUUAUAUCUCGAUCACAACAAACUGAACGGGACGAUCCCGGACUCCCUAAACAACCUCACGAAGCUCACUGACCUUGACCUCAGUGUGAACUUCCUGAGUGGGGAAAUUCCCUCUGGGUUGGGCGGUCUGCAAAGCGUCCAAUGGUUGGUCCUGGGAACAAAUAGCCUAACCGGCCCAAUACCAGCUUCACUAUGGAACGCUUCCACGAUCGAAGAAUUGGACCUUUCCAUUAACAGCCUGACAGGUCCUGUGCCCAUCGAACUCGGAAGAAACAUGCCAUUUCUCACAUCAUUACAUCUGGGAGGGAAUUAUCUAAGCGGCGGGCUUGACUUCAUCACCUCUCUUUCCAACUGCAGAGUUUUAGAGAACCUACAUGUUGAAUUCAAUGAGCUAGAUGGUGUUCUUCCUGCAUCCGUCGCUAACCUCUCUUCUAAUCUACUCAAGUUUACUGCUUACAAUAAUCAUAUCAUAGGGCAAAUUCCUGCAGGAUUGGCUAAUUUGAGUAGCCUGGUGGAGGUAUACUUGAUGUUCAAUGAGCUGACGGGAAAAAUACCGACAGCGUUAACGAGGAUGGAAGGACUUCAGGAGCUGGACCUUGUUGGUAAUAGAAUCCAUGGUCCCAUCCCGAGCGAGCUCGGCCAGCUCGGGAGCUUGGACGGACUAGCUCUUGACGGGAACUUGCUCUCUGGAUUAAUACCAGUCUCAGUGGGGAACAUCAGUGGGCUCCAGCUCCUGAGUCUUGCUGCCAAUUCAUUGUCGUCGGCCAUACCCCACAGUCUCUGGAGCCUAAGCAGCCUCUUGGAACUCAACUUGUCAGGAAAUUUUUUUGAAGGCUCACUUCCUCCAGAUGUGGGAAAUUUGAAGAGCAUAGACGUAAUGGAUCUAUCAGCAAACCAGUUUUCAGGUAUCAUCCCAAGUGCCAUUGGACAGCUUCAGAUGCUCGAAUUUCUGGAUAUGUCUCAUAACUUGUUCCAGGGUCCUAUUCCACAAACCUUUGGUGGACUGAUCAGCAUCAAGUACUUGAACCUCUCGUCCAAUGACCUCACAGGUGCCAUACCUCGGUCCCUAGCUAACCUACGGUACCUUACCGGCCUAAACCUUUCUUUCAACAGGUUGGAGGGAAAAAUACCCAAUGGAAGCAUAUUCUCAAAUCUCACCAUCCAAUCUCUAAAAGGGAAUGCAGGAUUAUGCGGAGCACCAAAGUUAGGCUUUCCACCUUGCCCUGAAAACGCCACGGUUUCCAAUCCAAGGGGACGACAUGUACUCAAAGUUGCUCUUACUGUAAGUGCUUCCAUGCUACUCCUCGUUGCUUGCUUCAGUGUUCUCUUAGUGUUACUAGCUCGUCGAAGGAGGAAAAAGACCACAGCUUCCACCCAUCCGCCGAGUCUGAACGACCACAGAUUGAUUUCAUAUCAUGAGCUCAUCCGUGCAACUGACGACUUCAGUGAGGCUAACUUAUUAGGAAGAGGGAGCUUUGGCUCAGUAUUCAGGGGACGUCUAGAUGAUGGAUUAGAUGUUGCAGUAAAAGUAUUGAAUCUGGAAAUGGAAGCGGCUUCGAGGAGCUUUGAUGCAGAGUGUCGUGCACUGCGCGUGGUUCGGCACAGGAACCUCAUCAAGAUCAUCAGCACCUGCUCCAACUUGGAUUUCAAGGCAUUGGUUCUUCAAUACAUGCCCAAUGGCAGCCUCGAGAAAUGGCUGCAUUCCCACAAUUACUGCUUGAGCCUACUGCAAAGGAUAAACAUAAUGUUGGAUGUAGCAUCAGCAUUGGAGUACCUUCACCACCACCAUCCUCAAGUUGUCUUGCAUUGUGAUCUAAAGCCAAGCAAUGUGCUGUUGGAUGAAGACAUGAAUGCGCAUUUAGGCGACUUUGGCAUUGCCAAAUUGCUGCUAGGUGACAGCAAAUCCAUGGUGUCAGCGAGCACACCAGGCACAAUUGGCUACAUUGCUCCAGAAUAUGGAUCGACCGGGAGAGUCUCAAGAAGUGUCGAUGUCUAUAGCUAUGGCAUUCUGCUGCUAGAGAUCAUUACAAGGAAGAAGCCAACCGAUGCCAUGUUUGAAGGGGAAUCCAGCCUCAGGAAUUGGGUGUUUGAGGCGCAUCCCACUGCGGUGUUGGAUAUUGUGGACAACAACCUCUUUAAAGAUGAGCAAGCUGACCCAAUCACCAGGCAUCAAUGCCUCUCAGCUUCCUUGGAAUUGGGCUUGCUGUGUUCUAAGGACUCACCCAAGGAUAGGAUCCUGAUGAAAGACGUCGUCCCCAGAUUGCAGAAGAUCAAGAAGAAUUACUUGUCAAAGCAGCCUAGAGCUUAAAGCAUUGUACCAAGCUUUUGUGAUCAUGGCAUCUCCAGAGUGCUUGUCAUCAAAGAGCAAACAGACAUGUUUCUGUCUAGCUGCACAAGUAUGACUGGUUAGUGACCACAAAAGAUCUCUGGAAACAUUCCACUAUCCCUUUUUUUUCCCCCUACUUGAAAUGCCCCAGCUGCUGCUAAUGUAGUCUUCGCUUUGGAUCUACUGUUACAUCAAAAUAAUAAUAAUAAUAAUAAUAAUAAUCUACUGUGUAAAUUA